AUGGCGUCCGCAAGCCCCAGCGAGGGCUUCUCCGACACCCAAGGCACGCCGAGUUCGCUCCCCGGCAGCCACGCCGGAAUGGUACCUCCCAAUGAAAAGAACAUCCACAAGAUCCCGCCUAUACUGCCGCGCGAGAGGGUGUUUCCAAUCCAGAUUGGAAGCGAGCUGUUUAAAUUAUCAGGAGCGUCGCUUUCUUCCGACGCCCCCUCUUACUUUUCGCAAUACUUUCUCUGCCAAAUAAAGCAAGCGGAAGAGCAUGGCGAUGAUAUAAGCAGCGCCAUUCGCACAUUAUACAUAGACCGCGACCCAGAAACGUUUCGCGACAUCGCCCUCCACCUACAAGGCUACCACGUCAUACCACGAGACGGCAAGCAUUUCGUGCGCCUCUUUGCCGACGCGCAAUUCUACAGCCUCCCCAAGUUGAUAUCCCAGCUCUACGAGGAAAGCAUCUUCAUCUCCAUCGGGCACCGAGAGUUCCAAAUCCCACGAGACCUGCUCACCGACCCCCGCAACUCCCCCAACUACUUCUCCCUCGGCUUCGCAUUCUUCUUCUCCCGACCGGAUAACCUGUUCCCGGGCCUCGAGCGUGAAGGCCUCAUUCGCCCGCCGUCCAUACUCCCUCCCUCGGUGCCGAACCGCAACGCAGACACGUUCGCCGACCUGCUCCGCCUGCUGCGCGGGUACCCCGUCAAUAUCCGCGACGAGACGCACCGGCUGGAACUCCUCCGCGACGCGCGAUACUUCCACUUCAAGGGCCUGGAGCAGCAGCUCCUCCCGCACUGCAUAAGCUACAACUCCCUGCGGGGCCACGACGAAAUCACCAUCCGGCUGGAAAACGUGCAGAAAAGCGGCAUCAGCAUCCUGCAGGGGCAGUCGGAGCUCCUGGAAGAAGGGGCAAGCGCAUGGGUCAACUACGCGAGGCCGUAUGUAGACGACAAGCCCGCAGAGUUGGUGCUCGAAAUCGCGAAUGAAUCAAGUAGGAUUCACUUCCUUGACGAUGGACCUCGGCUCGAGUUCUUCAGGGAUACGAGGACCCGCGUCGCAAAGCUGCUGGAGGUGAUUGCUACGAAGUUGAAUCUGCCGCCGACUACACAGCCGCUAGGACUACUGAUGGCGUCGGGGGGUGCGUCUUCGCAGCCCGCUACGCCGGGGAACACACCACUCAGCGAGGACUUGGUCCGUGUGGUAUUGGGAGGGGAGGCGGCUGUUGUGCUGGACGGGAAGGACUACGACGGGUAUGUGACUUCUGCGCUAGAUAGCAACGGCGAUGACGGGACGUCGAGGAAGAGGAAGAGGGGGGAUGGGGAGAAGAGUGAGCCGUGGACAGUGACGACUGGUCAGUGGAGGUUGAGGAUACAGGCUACGAAUAGUGGGAAGAGUGCAGUGGAAUGUGUCUUCGUGGCGGUGAGGUUGGAUUGUUUCGCGGAGGAGAGGGGACGGAAUUUGGGGAAGAAGUUUCUGAUGACAUAG